AUGGUUGAUUAUUUGAUUCGGUUCGCUCAGAGCCAUGAGUCAUUUCGCAAAGCAGAAAUCAAGGCUCUAGCCAGCUUGGUGGGGGUUGAUAUAGAAUUUCUAGUGUAUCAUGAUAAUACUCCAUUCUGCGUAGUAAAACUUGAAAAUGAGGAAGCUGCCCGUGCACUUAUGCGCCGCAGCAUUCUGGCCAAAAACAUAUAUGAACUUUGGGGACAGGGAGAUACUUAUGACCAGCUGAAGGCAGAUUUACGCCGGCGCACUGAGUCUAGGUGGCCCGAUUAUAAGACAGUAUCUUUUAAAUUUGGUGUUGAUACUUAUGCGUCAACUCGAUCAGCGAAAGAAAGGAAUGAGAUUAUUGAGUCCUUUUCAUUUUUGGCCUUUGAUGGGCCGAUAAAGAUGGUUGAUGCAGAUGAAGAAUUUUGUGUGUUUGAAGAGUUCUCUCAUCAACUUGCCCCUUCGGGCAAUCCAAAAACACACACUGAGCCGGUCCUUAAUCGUGUCUAUCUUGGUCGAUGGGUUACGGAGGGUGGUCGCACAGAGAUCAAUACCUAUAACUUGAAGAAACGCAAAUACAUCAGCACUACGACCAUGGAUGCAGAGCUUAGUUUGAUAUCCGCCAACAUGACACAUGCAGCGCCUGGAAAGUUGUUCUAUGACCCCUUUGUUGGAACGGGUAGUUUCCUUGUGGCGGCUGCUCAUUUUGGAGCGAUAACUUGCGGAUCGGAUAUUGAUGGGCGCAGCUUUCGUGGCAAAGAGGCUACCUCCAAGACCGAUACUGGAGUCAUUGGCAACUUCAAACAAUACGGACUGCUAUCCAAAUAUCUGGAUACAUUUACUUCCGACUUGACAAACACACCUCUUCGAGACAUUCGUAUGUUUGAUGGAAUUAUAUGUGACCCUCCAUAUGGCGUGCGAGAAGGGCUCAGGGUCCUAGGACAUAAGGAUGAGAGUCGAAAGGGCGAACUCAUGAUGUUCCAAGGUGUCCCAUCAUUCAAGCGGGAGAACUAUAUUUUCCCAAAACGUCCUUACCCAUUCAACGCAAUGCUUGAUGAUAUACUUGACUUUGCUGCUCACACACUAGUGGACAAUGGCAGAAUAUCUCUCUGGAUGCCCACUGCGAAUGAAGACGAUAUUGAGCUUGCAAUUCCGAAGCAUCCCUGCCUUGAACAUCUUGAUUCUUGCGUACAGCCUUUUAACAAGUGGUCGCGGCGACUUCUUGUGUAUCGACGAUUGCCUGGUAGCGAAGUAUCGCCUAUACCACUCAAAGAGAAAAAAGAGGUUCCCAGAGGGAAGGCAGACGAAUUGAACCCGUUUAGGAGACGAUAUUUCGAAUCAUUUGCAGUGGAAGAGAAGCCCAGCUCAUAA